UUAUGGCGGUUGGAGCAACUCUCAGAACCGAUCCGAAACGAAGAAGGGAAAGGAGCCCGAGACGUCCGUUGCUAACCGCUGCUUCGUUAACGGCACAGCUAACAUAAUUGAGUCACUCGGACCCAGGGAGGGGGGGUCAGUCGGCGUGUGUGUGCGGUGAAUGCCGUCCCCUCUCCGGGCAGUAAUAUGCGGGACGGCGGAUCUUCGCAGCGCAGCGAUCGUCGGGACCAGGCAGAAGACAGUGCGGACUCUCACCCGCAAAGCUAACGUUAGCCGGCUGGCUAGCAGAGCGCCGUGCCUGCGGCUACACCGCGCCUGCGGGCUUAGCUACAGCAGCCACAAGGUGACAAAGAGUCAAGACGAAACGAACUGGCUGAAAUUUAGGAGGAGGGGAGGCUGCUGAGGAUGAAAUUUACGGAGCACCUUUCGGCUCACAUCACUCCGGAGUGGAGGAAACAGUACAUUCAGUAUGAGGCGUUUAAGGAGAUGCUGUACGCUGCUCAGGACCAGGCUCCAUCCACAGAAGUUACGGAUGAAGACACAGUCAAGCGAUAUUACGCCAAGUUUGAGGAGAAGUUCUUCCAGUCAUGCGAGAAGGAACUUGCCAAAAUCAACACAUUCUAUUCAGAGAAGCUGGCUGAAGCCCAGCGGCGGUUCGCCACGCUGCAGAAUGAGCUGCAGUCGUCGCUGGACGCGCAGCGGGAGAGCAGCGCGCCAGGCCUGCGUCGACGCCACAAAACGGUGUUCCACCUGUCGCACGAGGAGCGCGUCAAACACCGCAACAUCAAGGACCUGCAGCUGGCCUACAGCGAGUUCUACCUCAGCCUCAUCCUGCUGCAGAACUACCAGAAUCUGAAUUUCACCGGUUUCCGGAAGAUUCUGAAAAAGCAUGACAAGAUCCUGGAGACCCCCCGCGGGGCGGACUGGCGGGUGGCACAUGUGGAGGUGGCCCCCUUCUACACCUGCAAGAAGAUCACCCAGCUCAUCUCUGAGACCGAGGCUCUGGUGACAACAGAGCUGGAGGGAGGGGACAGACAGAAAGCCAUGAAGAGACUGAGAGUGCCCCCCCUGGGUGCAGCACAGCCAGCGCCGGCCUGGACCACUUUCCGGGUGGGACUGUACUGUGGAGUCUUCAUCGUCCUCACCGUCGCCUUCCUCCUGAGCAGCUUCCUGUUGGAUGAGAAGAACAGGAUGUGGCCGAUGGUGCGGAUCUAUCGCGGCGGCUUCCUGCUCAUCCAGUUCCUCUUCCUGCUGGGCAUUAACACAUACGGCUGGCGCCAGGCGGGCGUGAACCACGUGCUCAUCUUUGAGCUGAACCCCCGCAACAACCUGUCCCACCAGCAUCUGUUUGAGAUUGCGGGGUUUUUGGGGGUGUUGUGGUGUGUCAGUAUCCUGGCCUGCCUGUACUCGGAGUCCAUCCUGCUGCCCAUGCAGGCUAAUCCGCUCAUCCUGUACGGGUUCAUGCUCCUCUUCCUCAUCAACCCCUUUAAGACCUGCUACUACAAGUCCCGCUUCUGGCUACUCAAACUGCUGUUCCGGGUCUUCACCGCUCCGUUCCACAGGGUGGGGUUUGCCGACUUCUGGCUGGCUGACCAGCUCAACUCCUUGGGCAUGGUGCUGAUGGACCUGGAGUACCUGGUCUGUUUCUACAGCUUCGAGCUCAACUGGACAGAGCAGAAGGGUCUGAUGCCUGAACAUAGUAAGGGGGUGUGCCACAGCUACUCGUACGGUGUGCGGGCGGUGAUCCAGUGCCUGCCGGCCUGGUUCCGCUUCGUGCAGUGCCUGCGCCGUUACCGUGACACCAAGCGCGCGUUCCCACACCUGGUCAACGCGGGCAAGUACUCCACCACCUUCUUCGUGGUGACCUUCUCCGCCCUCUACAGCACCCACAAAGCCAAGAGCCACAGUGACACUCAGGUGUUCUUCUACCUGCUGAUCGCGUUCUCGGUGAUCAGCUCGUGCUAUACGCUCAUCUGGGAUCUGAAAAUGGACUGGGGGCUGUUUGACCGCAAUGCUGGCGAGAACACCUUCCUGAGGGAGGAGAUUGUCUACCCACAGAAAGCCUACUACUACUGUGCCAUAGUGGAGGAUGCCAUCCUACGCUUCGCCUGGACCAUCCCCAUCUCCCUCAGCGCCAUCGACAUCAAGGCCUCCGACAUCCUGGCCACGGUCCUGGCCCCGCUGGAGGUGUUCAGGCGCUUUGUGUGGAACUUCUUUCGGCUGGAGAACGAGCACCUGAAUAACUGCGGUGAGUUCCGUGCGGUGAGGGACAUCUCCGUGGCUCCGCUCAACGCCGACGACCAGACCCUGCUGGAGCAGAUGAUGGACCAGGAGGACGGAGUGAGGAACCGCCAGGGCAAGAAGAGCUGGAAACGCAGCUACAGCAUGUCCCUGAGACGGCCCCGGCUCGCCUCACAGUCCAAGACCCGGGACACCAAGGUGCUGAUCGAGGACACAGACGACGAGGCAUACACCUGAGACCCGGAGCCCUCUCACCUGCUUCCAGCCACAGUCCGUCACAGAGCUGCCUACACGCACACGCGCAUA